AUGACAGUAACUAACGGAUGCAACCACGAAGAGUGGGAUACCUAUUACAAAUGGGAGCUUGGGCUUGCAUCUUUCCACCAGAAGGCCCAAGAAGACCAGAACCACAUGUUCCUCCAGAUCGAUCAAAAUGAUAUUUACGCCUCACAAUGCCUUGGGAAGCUUGUCAAGAUUGACUCACUGGACAGGGUAUAUGACAUCCAAAGCAGACUUACUGUUUAUGAUGAAUCAAUGAACUUUCUCAAACAGAUUAACUUCUACCAAGUCGUGGCUGAGCCGAGUGUCUGGCGUCACCAGACCGCAAUUUAUCAACUUCUGGUUGACCUGUGUGGGCAACUUGAAGAGUUGGUGUAUAUUGGUGAGUUGAGUCCUCAUUCCUCUCAUCUAGCGAUGAGAUUCUUUUCCUUCAGUCCCGAACACGCUGAGCAGAUGGUCCUGAACGGCUAUGUCAAGUGGCGCUGGCAUCUCUGCAGGGUAGUGAUUGAGGAUAUCCAAAAGCGUAUCGAUGAUCUCAGUAAAGAUUUCGAAAGUUGGGUCAGACAGACUCCAGGAGAUUAUGGGGACAUCUUUCCUCCGAACCCCCUCGACCAGGAAAAUGAAAGUGAUGCAUCGGAAGUGUCGGAAAUUCGGGGAUUGACUCGGUUUGGGGCAGUAGCAAUGAAUUAA